AUGCGGUUCCCUGUCCCGAGUCUACUGGGCCUCUUUGGAGUACUGUCAGCCACUGCAGUCUCCUUAGUCCAUGGAGAAGGAGAAGGAGAAGAUCAAGGCCUGGAAACCCAGGACCAGCCGCCUCAUUUCUUGAGCGUGCGGCCAAGUCUUGCCAAGCUCUAUGACAGCGAAUUGAACAUCCCGACGAAGAAAUAUUUCACGGAAUCAAGCUUCCACCAUCACUAUGAUGGCCGAUUUGCAAACUCAACCUUACCCGCAGACAAAGUCACCCCAUAUUUAUCAAACCUGAUUCAGACUUACCUAAACACUAUGAACUCAAUUGGCGCUGAGACAUGGAUUAUGCAUGGAUCCCUCCUCUCAUGGUGGUGGAACCAGAAGAUCUUCCCCUGGGACAACGAUUUAGAUGUUCAGGUUUCGGAACCGACAAUCCACUUCCUGGCUGACUAUUAUAACUUUACCGAUCACCAUUUCGACAUCCCUGGCGUUGAGGGCGGCCGCACCUACCUUCUCGAAAUAAACCCCAACUAUCUCGUCAAGAGCACCAAGGACAAAUUGAACGUGAUUGACGGGCGAUGGAUUGAUAAAACAUCUGGACUUUUUAUCGAUAUCACAGCCGUUCGCCCGGAUGACGAAAAGCGAAAGCGUGGCUAUCCCGAGGCGCUUAUGUGUAAGGAUAGACACCACUAUGAUGAAAGCGACAUAUUCCCUCUCCGAGACAGCUAUUACGAGGAUGUCGCCGUCAAGAUUCCCUACGCUUAUGCCGCACUGCUCGCCGAGGAAUAUGGAGCCACGUCGAUGACCAAGACCGACUUCCAAGGACAUCAUUUCAGCGACGAAAGCAAGCUUUGGGAAAAGUACACACUUAAGGUGAAGCGUUUUCUUCGACGAGGCUGGCGCGGUAUUGAUUUACCCAAGCGGUCUGGUACCGACUCUCUUAUCCGCAUGGAUGAUGUUUGA